AUGACUAGUAUUACGGGGUGGCGGUUGUACUUUGAUGGUGCCGCCAAUCAGUCGGGGUUUGGCAUUGGUAUCUUAUUGAUAUCACCACAGGGUGAUCAUAUCCCCAGAUCGGUCUGGUUAGCAUUUUCUGAUCAUCACCAGUUGACGAAUAAUAUUGUAGAGUAUGAGGCUUGCAUUAUAGGUUUGGAGAUUGCACUUGAUCUUGGCAUUAGACAGUUGGAGAUCCAAGGGGAUUCCAACUUGGUUAUAAAGCAGACUCAGGGUAUCUGGAGGACAUGGGAUGAGAAGCUGAAACCCUACCAUGCUUACUUGGACCUGUUGAUUGAUAGAUUCGAUGUGUUAAGGUAUAUACAUCUGCCCAGGGCGGAGAAUCAGUUUGCCGAUGCAUUCGCCACCUUGGCUUCUCUGAUUGUGAUCCCUGCGGGGGUGAAUGUUAGGCCAUUGCUGAUUGAGACUAGGUCUGCACCAGCUUGCUAUUAUCUGAUUGGAGAGAUAGAGGAUCAGAUUGAGCUGCCAUGGUAUCACGAUAUUUAUCAGCUUCUGUCAUGCGGCGCUUACCCAGAGUCAGCCUCGACCAAGGAUAGGAGAGCAUUGAGACAGUUGGCCACCAGAUUUGUUGUUUGUGGGGAUGCGCUGUAUAGGAGAUCACCUGAUGGCUUGUUAUUAUUAUGUCUAGACCGUGCAUCUGCAGAUCGAGUGAUGAGAGAGGUUCAUGCAGGGGUCUGUGGCCCACACAUGGGAGAUUGUUGCCAGUUUGUACAGAGAUGUCAAGAGUGUCAGAUGCAUGGAGACUUGAUACAUGUGCCACCUUCUGAGUUGCAUGCACUUACAUCCCCUUUGCCAUUUUCAGUAUGGGGUAUUGAUAUUAUUGGGAAGAUCUCGCCCAAGUCUUCCAGUGGGCAUGAGUACAUUUUGGUUGCCAUUGACUAUUUCACCAAGUGGGUGGAAGCUGCUUCUUAUGCUAGGUUGACAACGACCAGAGUGGCCAAGUUCAUCAGGUCGCAUAUUCUCUGCCGAUACGGGGUCCCUCAUGAGCUGAUCUCAGACAGAGGGGUGCAUUUCAAGGGCGAGGUGGACAUGUUGAUUCAAGAGUAUGGCAUUCAGUAUCACAGAUCGUCUGCGUACAGGCCACAGACUAAUGGAGCAGUUGAGGCCGUCUCCAUUACUUCGGGGGAUAUCGAGGGUCACAUAUUGUCUUUCCAUUCAGUUUACUUGCCUCAGGUCCAUGAUCAGAGAUAG